AUGACGAAGCACAAGAGCAAGGAUAAAGCUCCACCAUCUGCAGCAGAAAACCAGCAAACCCCCAGCGUGAAGAAGGAUAAGAAGCAAACCAACCUAGAAGCAGCGAUGGCGCAGGCGGAGCAGCUAAGCGUUCUCGUUCACCGUCGCGGGUUGGCAAAAGGUAAGCUCACUAGAUUAUUCAAUAACCUCCCUGACGAUGAUGAAGAAGCGCCACAGUUAAGUGAGGCACAGAUCCGCCACUAUGUUAAGAAAGUGGAGGCAGUGCAGAAGGAGUACACCGAGGUCCAUGAACGAAUCCUUGCGCUUGUUCCUGCCGAUAGCAGAGACAGCCACGACCAACACUAUGUGGAAUUUGACGAACUUCAGGAUGAAAUAUCCGUGAAGCUGGAAGAGGAAUUGGCCAGGUGUGCAAACACCAUGCCUACGUCAAGAGCUACCUUUGUCCCUGCUCAAGCUCCCAUUCUUGUUCAUCAACCCCUCAAGAUCCCAAUCCCCACUUUUGACGGCCGGUAUGAAAGCUGGCCUAAAUUUAAAGUUAUGUUCAAGGACCUGGUGGAUAAGACUCCCGACCCCCCAGCCGUCAAGCUUUACCACCUCGAUAAGGCCUUGACGGGAAGUGCAGCUGGAAUAAUAGAUGCCAAGACCAUUAGUGAGGGGAACUACAACCAUGCCUGGGAGAUUCUUGAGGAACGGUAUGAGAACAAAAGGCAUGCCAUCGACAAGCACAUCCAUGGUUUGUUACACCUCAAGAAAAUGUCCAAGGGAACCUACGACGAGCUAAGAAGUUUGCUGGAUGAGUGCUCCAAACACGUCGAGAGCUUGAAGUUCUUGGAGCAGGAGUUCCUAGGAGUCUCGGAGCUGAUUCUGGUCCAUGUGCUGGCUGCGGCCUUGGACAAAGAGAUUCGACGACGCUGGGAGCAUACGGUUAAGCACGGUGAGCUUCCCACGUACGAUGCAAUGAUGGAGUUCUUGAAGGAGGAGUGCUUCACCAUGGAAAGGUGUGAUGGACCAACAACGAAGGCAGCACCAGCUCAAGCGAAAGUUUCCACUGGAGCCGCCAGAUCAAGCCAGAAGUCAGUUGCAGCAGUCACGACAGCCUCGGAUCCGAAGUGCGACUUUUGUGGUAAGGGUCAUCUCAACUUUGCUUGUCCGGAGUUCAAGGAGCUUUCCGUUCAGCAGCGGUUGGCCAAGGUCAAGGAGCGUAAUGCGUGUUUCAACUGUCUGAAGCGCGGACAUCGAGGUAGCAGCUGCCCGUCGGAUAAGACUUGUAACCGAUGCAAGCGUCGGCACCACAGUCUGCUGCAUGCAGAGGAGAAACCGAAGCCAGCUGUCUCCGAAGAUCCGCAGUCGAAGCCCGCACCCCAACCGUCGAAGAGUGAAGAUCAGCCGAAGCCACCUGAAGAAGCCACGUCCGCCAGCUGCUGCAGUGAAAAGGUGUUACCCCACCAAGUGUUCCUCCUAACAGCAGUGGUGGAUGUUAUUGACAAAAACCACAAAACCCACCCCUGCCGAGUUUUAUUAGACAGUGCUUCGCAAGUAAAUCUCAUCUCUAAGCAAAUGGUUGAGUCCUUGGGGUUGAACACGAGUCCGUCUAGUGCCGUCGUUGCUGGGGUAAAUGACACCAAGAGCCACGUUUCAAGAAGCAGUAUUGUACACAUCCGGUCAAGGUAUUCAGGAUUCAGCGCCAAUGUCAAGUGCUUGGUGGCUGAGAAGGUUACGUCGGAUUUGCCGUCCUCGACCGUCAGUAUUCGGGAAUGGGAAAUUCCACCUGGUGUCCAACUGGCUGACCCGCAGUUCUACCAAUCGGGAAGGGUUGACUUGCUGCUAGGUAACCAGUUAUUCUUGAAGCUUCUUAUGUCUGGAGAGGUUCAACUGGCGGACAAUCUUCCUUGUCUGCGCGAGACCCAAUUGGGCUGGGUCGUAGGAGGUGUUUGUGAUGACGCGAUGUAUGGUUCCAUAGUUCAUUCGCACUCACUAACAAUUGAGGAGUUGAAUCGUACCGUCCAAAGGUUCUGGGAAGUUGAGGAGGUUUCGAGCGUGCCGGUGCCAUCAGAGGCUGAAGAGUGCGAACAGCAUUUUCAAGCUACCCAUCGUCGUGAUGAAACGGGACGAUAUGUUGUCCAGAUGCCUUUGAAGGAAAAUGCUGCCGAGUUAACCGAUUCCCGUUCGAUGGCCCUCAAGCGUUUCUACAUUCUGGAAAGGAGGUUCGCACAGGAUCCAGAUUUGAAGCAACAGUACGUGGAGUUCAUGGCUGACUACGAGCGGCUUGGGCACUGUGAAGAGAUUAAGGGAGGUGAAGAUUCUGAAGGUGUUAAGUGGUACCUGCCUCACCACGCCGUCUUGCGUCCGUCGAAUACUACGACCAAAUGCCGAGUAGUAUUUGAUGCCUCGGCCAAGGUGAAUGGACUUUCUUUGAAUGACGUAAUGAUGGUCGGGCCGUUGAACCAAUGCGCUCUGGAUGAAAUUUGUCUUCGUUUUCGAAUUCCCCGCUACGUCCUGACGACGGACGUGGCGAAGAUGUACCGUCAGGUGCUGCUGGACAAGAGUCACCGGCGUCUGCAGAGAGUAUUCUUCAGGUUGGAUCCGUCAAGUCCGCUCCGAGUGUUGGAGCUGAAGACCGUUACAUACGGUACGGCGUCUGCGCCUUUCUUGGCAACAAGGGCGUUGCUGCAGUUGGCAAAGGAUGACGGCCAUAAGUUUCCAUUGGCUGCAGAAAUAGUAAAGGAAUGCUUCUACGUGGAUAAUGCGCUUUUCGGGUUCGACGACAUUAAGGAUGCCCAAGAAGCGCAGUCGCAGUUGGUCCAAAUGCUGGAGGGAGGAGGAUUCCAUUUGCACAAGUGGGCCUCAAACUGCUCGGAACUGAUGGACUCCAUACCGGAAGCAGAACGCGAGGAGCUGGUCAGCUUUGAAGAAAUGGAGGUCAACGACGUGAUCAAAACGCUUGGUCUGCUUUGGAACCCGUCUGCCGAUGAAUUGGUCUUCGUCGCCAAACCGCCUCCGGACAUCGAGAACCCCACGAAGCGUCAAGUGCUGUCGUUGGUGGCAAGCAUGUUCGAUCCGCUGGGAUUGGCUGCGCCAGUGAUCGUCGUCGGGAAGAUGCUGAUGAAGAAGAUAUGGUGUGAGAAGAUCGAUUGGGACGAAGAACUGAAUGAAGAGUUGAAAAAGUGUUGGAACUACUUCCUAAAGUGCUUAAGUGAUGUGAAGAAGAUCCAGAUUCCUCGUCAAGUGGUGGCCCCUACGGCUUCCGCUUUCGAAAUCCAUGGAUUUGGAGAUGCCUCUCUGGAAGCGUAUGGAGCCUGCGUCUACAUAAGAUCGGUGGUUCCAGGAGAGUCCCAUGUGGUGAAGAUUUUGACUGCAAAGUCGAAGAUAGUGCCAAAAUCAGUGCUAACGAUUCCACGCAAAGAACUCUUGGCAGCAUUACUGCUGCAUCGUUUGGUGAAAAGGGUGAUAGCCACCUUGAAGAUGCCGUUCCGGCAAGUGGUACUGUGGUCGGACAAUCAAAUUGUGCUUGCGUGGCUGAAGAAGAAACCCGAACAGUUAGAAGUGUUUGUAAGAAACAGAGUGUGUGAAAUUACCUCUAACGGAAAUGACUUUGAGUGGCGGUAUGUGAACACUGCAGACAAUCCCGGUGACAUUGUGUCCCGCGGCCGUUCCGCCGAAGAGCUAGCCAGUAGUGAUCUUUGGUGGAAUGGUCCAGCGUUCUUGAAAAGUGAAAACUAUGAUAUGGACAUUCCGGCACCGUUGCCUGACGAAGACGUUCCUGAGCUCAAGCCUACUGUAGUCGCAAGCGCUAUGGUGGAGCCUGACGUGCUGCCUGUGUUCGAGAAGUUCGAGAGUUUCCGCAAGCUGCAGCGAGUGGUGGCCUACGUGCUGCGCUUCUGCGGGAACUGUAAAGAAAGUAAGGAGAAACGGGUGGUAUCAACAUUUCCAACGAUAACCGAGAUGCAAGCUGCUAUGAAGGUAAUAGUACGGGUAGUGCAGCGUCAAGAAUUUGCCCAGGAAAUUGCCAAGAUGAAGUCAGGUGAGUCUCCUAAAAAUCUUAAGAGUUUGAACCCCUAUUUCGACGAUGGAGUUCUGCGUGUGGGUGGCCGUCUGCGCCACUCAACUCUGCCGUAUCUCACCAAACAUCCAUGGAUUCUGCCUCACCGGAACGCCGUGGUUGAAAGUUACAUCCGAUGUGUCCACCGCGAAAAUUUGCAUAUUGGACCUUCCGCAUUAUUGGCAACUUUGCGCAGACAAGUUUGGAUUUUGCACGGUCGCUCCGCGGUGCGCAAAGUUACUCGCAGCUGCGUUCGCUGCUUCAAGGUGAAUCCCACUACAGCUGACCAGCGCAUGGGAGAUCUUCCGUCAAGCCGUUGUGAUCGAGCUCCCGCGUUCCAAAGGGUGGGAUUGGACUUUGCCGGCCCUUUCUUCAUUAAGCAAACUGGUAGGAAGGCUGCUCCGGUAAAAGGGUAUGUUUGCGUUUUCGUCUGCAUGGUGACCAAGGGGAUCCACCUCGAGGCAGUUGAGAAUUUGACGUCUGAAGCAUUCAUCGCUGCGCUGCACAGAUUCGUGUCCCGUCGUGGCGUCCCGGAAGAGCUGUUUUCUGACAACGGGACCAAUUUCGUGGGUGCCAAGAAGGAACUGCACGAGUUGUUCAACCUGUUUAAGGAGCAAGCAACAGAAAGGAAGAUUUUUGAAUUUUGCCAACCAAGGGAGAUUCGUUGGAAGAUGAUUCCCCCAGGCGCACCUCAUAUGGGUGGCCUUUGGGAAGCAGGUGUAAAGAGCACAAAAUCCGUCCUGAAGAAAACUUGCAACACCGCUUCUCUGAAUAUGAUGGAGUUUUCGACGCUUCUCUGUCAAAUCGAGGCCCUCCUAAAUUCGCGGCCUCUUUACGCCCACUCGGAAGAUGGCAUGGAUCCGGAACCCCUAACUCCGGGUCAUUUUUUGGUUGAUCGGCCAUUGACCGCAAUACCGGAACCCACGUACGAGGAGGUACCAGUCAACAGGCUGUCCCGCUGGCAGUACGUGCAACUUCUACGAGACAACUUUUGGAAUCGUUGGUAUCGUGAGUACCUGGUGGAACUUCAGGUACGAACAAAGUGGACCAGGAAGACUGCCAACGUCCUGCCUGGAAUGGUGGUGAUGAUUAAGGAGGAUAACUUACCGCCACAAGUCUGGAAGAUUGGAGUCGUCGAUAAGGUUUUCCCUGGAGCGGAUGGCUUCACCCGGGUCGUCGAUCUCCGGACUCGAUCCGGAAUACUAAGGCGGCCAAUUCACAAGCUGGCCCCGCUUCCAAUCCUGGAUAAUUCUACAGCUUGA